GCAGGCUGCGGGCCGCGGGGCAGUGCAAGGCCUCCCUCUACAGCUGCCCCGCCGUGGGGGUCGUCCCCGUACGGCUGGGGCAACAGAGGACGGGAGUGAGCACGCCUGCCCCGGGCCCCUGCCCCGCCUCUAGCUCUCCCGCCGCGGAGACCAGCCCUCGCAGGCCCAGCCAUCUCGCCCCCACCCAAGACCGCCUCAGAAAGUCUGCCCUCCAGGCCCGGCCCACAGCCCGACCCCACGGGCUCAGUCCCCCGAAGCUCUCGGUUUGAGGCCGGGAGACACCCCUCUGUUGGUCCCCUCCCUCGCUUUCCCCACGCGGUGCUGCGCCUGUCCGGCUUCUCGGCCACAGUCCUGAGCCCCCGAGUCCCCCGCUUUCCGGCCGGUGGUCUUCCCGGAGCUUCAGUCGGACACUUCUUGCGCCUGGGGGACAGCUCUGCGCUGCAGCCCUGGCCGGCCUGAGUCCUGGCCCCCUUCCCGGGGCGAGGCUCCUCAUCGCCUCUCUCCUUCCCUUUUCCCUGCGCCCUCGCAGCCGGGCCUCGGGCAGCGCGGGGCGGCGGUGGGCAACCGCUGUGUCUGAGCCGCGGCGCGGGGUCUGGGCGGGCCUGGAGGAGGCCCCGGGCGUGGGGCGCAGACUAGCGUGGCGCCGCCGCGACAGCCCGCCGAGCUUGGGCACUCCGGCCGUCCGGCUCCGCACCCGGCCGCUCCGACUUCCGCAGGGGCGCGAGGCAGAGAGCCCGCCCUCGGCGCCGGGGGAGGGGGAGGGGGAGCCGUCGCCGGCGGGAAGGGAGGCGCGCGGAGCCGGAGGGGCUCAGGCCUGGGCCCGCUCUGCUGCGUCGGGGCGGGGACUGGGGCAGCCCUGCGUGGGACGAGACGGAAGCCAGGGCUCUGGAGCUACCCGGGCGACCCCGGCCUGGCUGUGUCGCCAGCUGGGCCUGGGGCCUCCCCGUCUGGGCUUCCUGAGAUCCCGCCCAGGCCCCAGUGGCUCCCCUGGCUGCUCCCUGGGGUUGCCACGAGGGGCGGGCGGCGCACUGACCUGCCUGUGAGCAGGAUCGUUGGGUCCUGCCCACCCUGAGUGGCCCACAGUGACCCCGGGCGGGCCAUGGGGACUGCACUUGUGUACCACGAGGACAUGACAGCCGCCCGGCUGCUCUGGGACGACCCUGAGUGUAAGAUCGAGUGUCCUGAGCGCCUGACCACUGCCUUGGAGCGCCUGCAGCAGCAAGGUCUGGAGCAAAGGUGUCUGCGGCUGGCAGCCCGCGAGGCCUCGGAGGCGGAGCUGGGCCUGGUGCACAGCCCCGAGUAUGUGGCGCUGUUGCGGGGGACCCAGGCCUUGGGCACCAGGGAGCUCCAGGCCCUGUCCAAGCAGUACGAUGCCGUCUACCUCCAUCCGAGUACCUUCCACUGUGCCCGGCUGGCCGCAGGGGCUGCGCUGCAGCUGGUGGACGCGGUGCUGACGGGAGCUGUGCGCAACGGGCUCGCCCUGGUGAGGCCUCCUGGACACCACAGCCAGAGGGCUACUGCCAACGGAUUCUGCGUGUUCAACAACGUAGCCAUAGCAGCCAAACACGCCCAGCAGCAGCACGGGUUGCGCAGGGUCCUCAUCGUUGACUGGGAUGUCCAUCAUGGUCAGGGCAUCCAGUAUAUCUUCGAGGAUGACCCCAGCGUCCUUUACUUCUCCUGGCACCGCUACGAGCACGGACACUUCUGGCCGCAUCUGCGGGAGUCAGAUGCCGAUGCUGUCGGACGGGGGCGGGGCCUUGGCUUCACUGUUAACCUGCCCUGGAACCAGGUCGGGAUGGGAAAUGCCGACUACGUGGCCGCCUUCCUGCACGUGCUGCUGCCCCUGGCCUUUGAGUUCGACCCUGAGCUGGUCCUAGUCUCUGCAGGAUUCGACUCAGCCAUCGGCGAUCCCGAGGGGCACAUGCUGGCCACGCCGGAGUGCUUCGCCCACCUCACACAGCUGCUGCAGGUGCUGGCUGGUGGCCGGGUCUGCGCCGUGCUGGAGGGUGGUUACCACCUGGAGUCCCUCUCCCAGUCCGUGUGCAUGACGGUGCGAGCGCUGCUGGGUGACCCUGCCCUGCCCUUGUCAGGGCCCAUGGAGCCCCAUGGCAGCGCCCUGGAGUCCCUCCAGCGUGUGCGGGCAGCCCAGGCCCCUCACUGGGUGAGCCUCCAGCAACAAGGUGCCGCCCCUGUACUGAGCCCCGGCACCCCCUGCCCAGAGGGGAGGCCCUCACUGCUGCCACCGGGGGAGCCUGAAUUCAAGGCAGCGGUGACUCAGGCCGCUGAUGCUCUGAGCGUGCUCCUGGAGCAGCUGCACCUCCACCCCACACCCCCUGUCCGCGUGGCUGCUGCCCUGACUGUGCCAGACGCUGGCCGGGCCCUGCCCCCGGGUGUCCUCUGUGAGGAGGGGUCACUGCCGCGGGAGGAAGCACAGGCCUGGGCCAGGCCACGUGAGGCCCUGGCCCAGGAGGAGGCCCUCGCUGCACUCGGGAAGGUCCUGUACCUCUUGGACAGGAUCCUGGAUGGGCAGGUGAGCAGUGGCAUGGCAGCCACACCAGCCCCUGCUGCAGCUGCCACCCUGGAUGUGGCCGUUCGGUAUGGCCUGUCCCACGGAGCCCAGAGGCUGCUGUGUGUGGCCGUGGGGCAGCUGGAUCGGCCCCCAGCUCUCACCGAUGAUGGGAGGAAUCUAUGGCUGAACAUUGGGGGCAAGGAGGCAAGUGCCCCGUCCAUGUUCCACGUCUCUGUGCCACUGCCAGUGACAACUGGUGGGUUCCUGAGCUGUGCCCUGGCCCUGGUGCUGCCCCUGGCCUACAGCUUCCAGCCUGACCUGGUGCUGGUGGCGCUGGGGCUGGCCCAUGGCCUGCGGGACCCCCAAGCUGCACUCCUGGCUGCACUACUUCGGGGCCCAGCAGGCGGCCGAGUCUUGGCCCUUGUGGAUGAGGAAUCCACACCCCAGCUUGCGACAGUCCUGGCCAGCGUGCUGAAUGGGGAGGCACCCCCCAGCCUGGGCCCCUUCUCCAUGGCCACCCCAGAGGACACGCAGGCCCUGAUGUACCUGAGACCACGGCUGGAGCCAAGGUGGAAGAUGCUGCAGGUGGCUGCGCCUCCUUGAGUGCUGUGACCUGGCAGCUUGAAGUCGGCCAGGGUGAGAGUAUCUACACCGUGGAAACGACACUACGCACCAGUCCCCCGGGAGCCUGUUGUUAACUGCGCCAGCACGUUUCUGCGCGAGGCUUCUGACCUGAGGGCCAGGCUGUAGGCCUGCCCAGGACACGGGCUCAGGGGCUCUACCGCCGGGACCCCCGCUCCGGCGCCAGCCUCUACACGGACGGCCCCUCCCCGGCUCCCAUCUCCCAGCCGUCAGUAAAAGUAGGUUAAGCCAAA